AACUUGAUUCUACUCCGCAUCGCGCACCCUCCGCAGCAAUAUGUUUUGAAUUUGACGUUUGACAUUGCUGCCAAUUUCAGUACUGAUAAUAGUUAUCAAAUAAACUAGGCGCGAUACUUGCAUUUGGUAGGUACGACAACUAAAGUAAUAGCAUUUUUCUAUGAAUUGGCGUUAAAAGAACCGGCUUUUCAAGACGUAGCUUUAACUAGCAGAGUAAUAGAUGAAUUGAAUACCGUGUAGUGUACAGUGUACUACACUGAUUGUACAAUGCAUUAGAUACUCGGCGAUUGUGGACGUUGGUAGACAACGUUUCUAAAAUGUUUCUUCCUCUACUAAUAUUAUUGUUUACCCCGAGGAUCUUCUGUGAAGACGACGAAAAUGUGACUUAUCCGCAAGAUGAUUUCAAAUGUUCUCUGCCUGAUGUAAAGAGUUUGGACGCAAACCUAGACAUUACAAGAUUCAGAUCGGAUUUUUCGAAAAUAUCCGAGGUGAAAUUUCCUGGCCUGAUAGGUCCUCUGAAUGAGAGGCUGAUAUGUAAAAUUAAAUGCAUUGAUGGCAAUUGGGUGGGACCUCUAUGUUCUAACACUCCAGAUGGGAGAUUCCAGCCUAUAUUAAGGGAAUGCCUGUAUAAAAACGAACAUCCUCUCUUGGCUAUAUCUUUCAAGAAUUCAUCUAUAAAUAAAGACACACAUUUCCCCCAUGGGUCGGUGUUGGUGUCUCGUUGCAAGCACUUCGGCUUGUACAAGAUGAAAGGUGACAAUAUGAUACACUGUGAAAAUGGGGAAUGGGCUCCUAAGCUGCCUGAAUGUGUACCAACCUCCGUUGUUACCAACUUUACAGGUGAUGCGCCGCCAACGAUUCAGUACACCAUAGUCAGCGGGUCGGCAGUGGUGGAGCAUUCGGGGGAGUUGUUCGUGUUCCCCGACAGCACGCUGCGCCUGGACUGCGUGUCGCGCCGCGCGCUCGGAGACCCCGAGUGGAGCUGGACGCAGGCCGUUGGACAACACACUUCUGCAUGGUCGAGCGAAGAAGGCGAGAAGGACUCUCAUUACCGGCUGACGCUGAGCAAGAUGUCGGUGCGACACAGCGACCAGUACACGUGCACCUCGCCCGGGGGACACACCAACACCGUCAGCAUUAAAGUUGUUAAUGUGGUGUGUCCACCAGUGACGGUACCGUCACAAUACAUUCGACAAUUCACACAAGGAACGAAGCUGGGCAACUCGGCGCACUUCAGUUGCCAGCCAGGGUUCCACCUAAAUGGAUCAGCUAUACUCACCUGCAUGGGCAAUGGCCAAUGGUCAUCAUUGCCACCGACGUGCGAAGAAACCUUCUGCCCAAUGCUGAAGACUUUGGGUCCUCAUCUGAGCGUCGUAGAGUACAACUCUUCGUUUGGCGGCCGUGCAAUGUUCCAAUGUAGUUGGGGCUAUCGACUGGUCGGCGCGCCGGGCUUGGAGUGUGAAAUGGAUGGGAAAUGGUCAGGAGAAGUACCACACUGCAUUCCGAUAUACUGCCCUGGGCCACUGGUGCCGACAAAUGGCCGCUUACUGACAGAGCCCUCAAUUAACAACGGCAAGUAUCCGGUGGGCGACUUGAUGAUAUAUUCCUGCGAUGAUGGCUACGAGAUCGUCGGCGAAUCCUCUAUAGUCUGCACAGAAAACGGAUUUUGGUCCCACCCUCCACCCUUUUGUCUACCACCCUCUGAGAUACGAAAAACAGACACUAUUUAUGUAGAAAAUACUACACUCAUUCAUAUAGAAGACUAAUGUUUAGAAAAAAAAAACACGAAACGAAUGUUAUUGUUAUUUCAUAAGGUUUUCAAGUUUCGCAAUGGGACAUUGUUAUAAUUUUUAAGUUGUUGCAAUAUUGUUGUAUAAAUAAAUUUAUAUUGUGCAGUUAUUGGACAGGGUGGGUGCCUCGGAAAUAGUGAUAUAAGGAGAAAUACCAAUUGUGUCAAUAAAUAUACGUUUUCAUUUUUUUAAAUAAACUUUGCAUUGAGGUUCCUCACAAUCGAAAUACAUUAUAAUAAAAUAAUGAUAAUUAAAUGAA